AUGCAACAGCCAUCAGCCGCCGUUUUGAACGGCCAUCCAGAAUCACCACCUAUGACGCCGAGCUGUCGCACUCAGGUUCGCUAUCCACCACAAACCCACCAAACCUCAUCCCUCUACAAGCGUAUGGGCAACUCCAAGCACAUUCAUACGCCGCCACUAGAGUCAAUCACCCCUACCGGACAGGACUAUCACUUCAAUUACACGCGCUCGCAAUCACAUGAUCUAUCAUCCCCGUCUACCUUGUCCGGGCAGGCCUGCGCAACAACCUCUCAUGAUUCUGAAGAUGACUAUGAUUACGACUCUGACGAAGAGAGUGACGAGGAAGACGAAAGGCCAAUACGCAUCGCAGAAACAGCCAACUUCGUGAUUGAGGAGCUCGACAGUGACCCAGGCUACGAUUGUGACAUUGAAGUUAUACAAGGCCAUUGCGAAGACGCCAGGAGUGAGAAGAGCGGCACAAAGUCAGAAGUGCUCGCCAGAAUGAAAGGAUUAUACAUUGAUGAUAGUUCAGAUGAAGAGGAAAGAGAAUUGCAAGAACGAAGAUACCGUCAAAAAAAGAAGAGAUGGAGUGCAGGCAACUUCAAGCGCAGCCACAGCCAGAGUGUCGAAGGCGACAGUAGCUUUUCCGACAACGAUCCCCUAGACGAUAUAGAUCCAAGCGCCCGCCGACUUCGUCGUCGCGUGAGAGGUCCAAUCGAUCGGCGAGGCUCACUCAUCUUCGAAGACAGAGGCUUCUCAAACACCAACAAUAUCGCGGAAGUGGAGGAGCCGGAGGAAGGAUAUGUGAAGCACACGCAAGGACCGCCAUCUAUUCCUAGUGAUGACGCCUUCACGCUGGACGAGCUUCCCUUCUGGAGGGGUACAGAGUCGAUGGAUCUGGAGAUUGAAUCGGAGUAA